AUGACCUAUGUCCGCCGCAGGCCGGGACUGAUGGUAGAUCAGAGAAGGCCCACGGCAACACGUGACAUUCUCUGGCUCGUGGUCAACGACAUCACUCUAGUCAACAUUUACCGCCAACCGUCGUACGACGAGGCACUUGACAUACUACUCCGAUGGCCAGCACCUGACAGAUGUCUGGUAGCUGGCGAUUUCAACGCCAAACACCACAGCUGGCAAGCCGGCCGCAUCGAAGGUCGCGGUGAGGCUGUAGCUGCAUGGGCGACGGCCAAUGGUCUGAAUCUGCUCAAUCCGGCUGACGUCCCGACAAACCCUCAUGGCAACACGAUAGACCUUGCUUUCUCUAAUAUUGCCUUGGCCGCCGCGGUGGUCGAGGACCACCUCGCUACCAGCUCCGACCACUUCACGCUCAAUAUCACCCUCCCCGAACUCGCCGUAACGCCUCCACCCACUGGAAAGGUCCGUCUCACCUCUGACGAGGAAAUACGACGCUUUAUCGAGAUGGUUGAAAACGGUGUGGCGGCUAUCCAGCCGUCGACCGCAUCCCCUCAAGACCUGGAUUCACUUGCCCUGGCAGUGACUAACCUAUUUCAGUUUGCCGCCAAGGCUGCAGGCCGGCCGGUCCGCAAAGGUGCGCGCAGCGCACCCUGGUGGACGGAGGAAUGCGUCUUGGCGGCGGCGGAGUAUCGCGCGGUGAGGAGAGUCUUCCCUCUCGGUUUCUGUCGUGAGGUUCAGCUCGCCAAAAAGACCUUCCGGAGAGUCGUGCGACGAGUCAAGCGCCGCUACUGGCGCGACCUCAUUGACAGCUUUACGGACAGCGCAUCCGUCUUCAGGGCAGUCCUGGACGAUGCAGUUUACGAGACCCAGCUGGACAAAGCCAACGCACUGCGACGGGCAACGCUCGAACGCCGCACCUCGCAGGACGACAUCACGGACCCGUGGGUCCCAGUGGAUCCAGUCCGGGACGCAACCCUGCGAACGGGUAACACCUCUCCCGGCUCUGAUAACAUCACUGUCAAGAUGCUCCGUGCCGUUUGGCACGCCAUUGGGAACCUUGUCCACAAGCUGUACCAGGGCUGUCUCAACAUCGGCCACCACCCCAAGCCUUUCAGGAAGCGGAAGUGGUCCGCCGUUGACCUCGUCGCGGCACUAGUCCACGACAUUGAGGAAGCUUUCGCACGCAAGCAGGUGGCCACACUCGUGACGAUGGACAUCGAAGGUGCCUUCGAUACCGUCCUCCGUAACAGACUCAUUCUCCGCCUUCGACAGCAGGGGUGGCCCUCGAACGUCGCUCGCUGGGCCGGCUCCUUCAUGCAUGACCGAACGGCAUGUAUCCGCUAUCAGGACGUUACGACUCCGUCGUCACCCCUGCAGUGCGGACUGCCACAAGGUUCACCAGCCUCUCCCAUUCUGUUCUUGCUGUAUACGGAGCCAGUCUACCGCUUGAGCAGCCCGAAAGGACGCUUCGGCUAUGCAGACGACACCGCUAUCCUUUGCGUCGGCAACAAUCUGGAGGAGACUGCCCGCAAAGCGUCAAGACACGUCCACGAACUCAUGGAAUGGGGUACCGAAAAUGCGAUAGCCUUUGACCCCAAGAAGACCGAAGUCAUGCACUUCUCCCGAACGAAGCCGAGAACUGCACCGCCAGUCUUCCAUGGCGAGAUGGAAAAGCGGCCGGAAUGCGCCAUGCGCUGGCUAGGCAUCUGGCUCGACAGCACCCUGUCCUUCAAGACCCACGUCGAGAAGUGGACAGCCAAAGCGCAAAGAGUAGCCCACCACCUCCAGGGAAUGACGAACACCAACCGGGGACCCCUGCCGAGUGCGGUCCGGAGAGCCGUCCGCGCCUGCAUCGAGCCUCAACUCCUCUUCGGAGCAGAGGCAUGGUACCCGGGCAUGACCAGCCCGCGAUGGACCCAACCGAUGCGCCAGGCCAGAGCUCCUUCCACGCAGAUUCGCCAGCGGCCAGCCCUGCAAACUGCACCGAAGGAGGAAUCAGCGGCCAACUUCCGCGACUGGCUCCGAGGAGCCGCAGGGUACGGCUAUGCAAUACAUUUGGAUGGACUCACCGUCCUCGAUGGAAACGGGCGCCUGGGUCCCGCUGAAGUCUUCGACGCUGAGGCCAAGGGCGCCCUUGAAGGCCUCCGUGCUGCUCUCGGUCUCCCAGGGCCAGAGCGAAUCGCCGUAUGCCUCGAUAACCUUGCAGUCGCGUCGUGCCUGCGAGGCAUGCCGUCAGACUCGUCCCAGAAUGAGUUCCUGGAAUUCCAGGCCUUGGCCGCAGAACAUGGUGCCACCGAGAUCCGUUGGAUUCCCGGCCAUACCAACAUCCCAGGCAACGAGCAGGCCGACGCCUUAGCUAAGGCGGGAACCUCUCAACCCGAACCGGUAGAUGCUCUCCCGACGCUGGCAUAUCUGCGUAAGGUCGCUCGGCGGCGACCAAAAGACGCGUUUAAAGCCUGGUGGGAAGUGUCUGCACCCCAGCAAUACAAGGUCCUCGACCUUGACGCCACGACUGGCUGCCCGCCAGAACUUACCAUCCCACGACCUCUCCUCCACCACCUGCUCGCAGCAAGAACCCACCAUGGGGACUUCGCUGACUACCAUGAAAGGUUCAACCACGACGACGCACGACUGACGUGCUCUUCGGAUGAGGCUGGCGCCCUCACCGACCGCGGCGGUCAACCGAGCAAUAGGAAGAAAUUUCGACCGGCUGAGCAAAGGAGCGCCUUUGAGCCGAUGAAAUGCUGGAUGGUGGAUUGUCAGCGCUCUGCGCUGGCUUCGGCUGCGGCCAUGGCAUCUGCCACGAGCUCGCAUGCCAGCUCGGAUCCCUUUGAUCUGGGUGCUCAUACCCCGCCUAACCUUGCUCGCUUAGCCCGUGCAUCUCAGCUGCGAAAUAGUUCUCCCAUUGUGACCCGUCCCAUUGGUCUCUCUUCAGCAUUCCGGCGGCCGGCAGCAACGCCGUCGUCGCCCCUCAUCCGCCUGUCCAAUGCCGCCGCUACGGAAGGAGCGCGGCGUGAACCCGUCCCGAGCCUGCCCGGCACCACCGAGACCGACGUGCUCCAACCGGUGUCUAUCAUUGAUGCAGCUAACAAACUCGCCGGCGACGAAACCGAUGCCCACAACGCCAAAAUGACGGUUUUUCGGGCCUUCUGCGAAUCAUUCGAGCAGACUGCGAAGCAAUUCACAUCUGGUCUCGAACACAGCUUCGCAGAGCACUUCUCCAACCGUUUUCUCGACCUCUGGAGGCAGACGCCCUCCGAUCUCCGACUCGCAUCUGCGCCGACGUACAGCAGCGUGGCCGCCGGUCGCACCGCAAGCCAGCGGCCAUGUGGCCACUCUCCCACGGCCGCUGCAGCCCCGCAACAAGAGCCACAACAGCCAAUUUCCCGUCUCCAGGGACGACCAAUCCCCGCCCCGCCGAAAGAAGACCUCCGGGUUUUUGUGCGACUCCCGGCCGAAGCACCGGCGAGGGACCACAAUAGCUACGCAAUCCGGACCCACAUUGCCGCCAAAGUCGGCAUCGACCUUCACCAAGUCCCAGCCGCUUUCAAGGUGAACUCCGGAUGGGCCAUCAGAACAACAGAUGCGACCAUUCGGGAUCUUAUCGUCCAACGACAGUCAGAGUGGUCCCAAGACAUGGGCGCGACAGAUGUAGAAAUCAGCCAGAGAUGGUACACCUACGCCGUGGCAAACUGCCCCUAUAUUCUUACCGACCUACAGGGAAAGAAUUGGACUACGAGCCAGCCGCCAAAGAUGAAAUCGCCUGCCAGACCGGCCUCAAACCCAUCAGGUCGGCUCGCCCAAUACAUUGAGAGAUCUAGCCUGCCCAGCCAGUGCGACAAGUGCUGGGACUUUCACGCCCGACACACCUGCGACCGACAAGCAUCCUGCAAGCGGUGCGGACGGCGCGGCCACGACGCGGAAGCUUGCGUGGCCCUCGAGCGGUGCGCGAACUGCCUUGGGCCCCACGCCGCAGACUUUGCGAAGUGCCCUGCGCGCCCGAAGCGAUCACACGGCGUCAUUCGCCGUCUGACGAGAGAAGAGAAAUCUCGCGUCCGAGAGCUGGGCGCUCAACUGUCCGCCCGGCGAAAGGAACAAUACGAAAGAGUAGAACGAUCCGAGCAGCCCGAACGGGAUGCCACCUGCUCGCCGGGUGGUGUCACCGAAAAGACAGUAACGCCUGGGCCUGACAGGAAGACCGCCUCGGAAUCGACGCACCUCACCCCCCGACCUCAAGUGCUGCCCGGGACGACGGACAGCAAGCCCAACCUCAUGACGAAGCCCCACGGCGCGACUCUGCGAGUCUUCCAAGCGAACGUGGGCAAGAUCUCGCCGGCGCACGACUGCGCCCUUGCCCUCGCCGAUUCCGAACAUUACGAUGUGGUGCUCCUCCAGGAGCCAUGGACAGAAACAAAGGGCGGCCGAUGCCUUACCAAAACACAUCCCGCCUACGACACCUUCUCCCCGGUUGACAGCUGGGAAGACAAUAGCACCCGACCCAGAGUCAUGACCUAUGUCCGCCGCAGGCCUGGGCUGAUGGUAGAUCAGAGGAGGCCCGCGGCAACUCGUGACAUUCUUUGGCUCACGGUCAACGACAUCACUUUGGUCAACGUUUACCGCCAACCAUGUCUGGUAGCAGGCGAUUUCAACGCCAAACACCACAGCUGGCAAGCCGGCCGCAUCGAGGGCCGCGGCGAGGCUGUAGCUGCAUGGGCGACAGCCAACGGUCUGAACCUGCUCAACCCGGCUGACGUCCCGACAAAUCCUCGCGGCAAUACGAUCGACCUUGCCUUCUCUAAUAUCGCCUUGGCCAAUGCCGUGGUGGAAGACCAUCUUGCCACCAGCUCCGACCACUUCACGCUCAGCACUACCCUGCCUGAGCUCGCUGUAGCGCCCCCACCCACUGGGAAGUUUGCCGCCAAAGCUGCAGGCCGGCCGGUCCGCAAGGGCGCACGCAGCGCGCCCUGGUGGACGGAGGAAUGCUCCUUGGCCGCGGUGGAGUAUCGCGCAAGAGUCGUGCGGCGAGUCAAGCGCCGUUACUGGCGCGAUCUGAUUGACAGCUUCACGGACAGUGCGUCCGUCUUCAAGGCGGUCCUGGAUGAUACCGUCUAUGAGACCCAACUAGACAAAGCCAACGCCCUGCGACGAGCAACGCUCGAACGUCGCACUUCGCAGGAUGACAUCACGGAUCCGUGGGUCCCAGUGGACACAGCGAGGACGAUUCCUUUCGCUCAGAACGUUUCCCUGGAGGAGGUCCGGGACGCGACCCUUCGCACGGGUAACACCUCUCCCGGCUCCGAUAACAUUACGGUCAAGAUGCUCCGUGCCGUCUGGCAUACCAUUGGAAGCCUCGUCCACAAGCUGUAUCAGGGCUGUCUCGACAUCGGUCACCAUCCUAAGCCUUUCAGGGAAGCGGAAGUGGUUAUGAUCACGAAGCCGGGGCGUCGGAACCUGUCCGCUGUUGACCUUGUCGCCGCAUUGGUACACGACAUCGAGGAGGCUUUCUCGCGCAAGCAGGUCGCCACACUCGUGACAAUGGACGUCGAAGGCGCCUUCGACACUGUCCUUCGUAGCAGGCUCAUUCUUCGCCUUCGGCAGCAAGGAUGGCCUCGGAAUGUCGCUCGAUCGCCAGCUUCUCCCAUACUUUUCCUACUAUACACAGAGCCAAUCUACCGCCUGAGCAACCCCAAGGGGCGCUUCGGCUAUGCAGACGACACUGCCGUCCUUUGCGUCGGAGACUCCCUGGAGGAGACUGCCCACAGAGCGUCGAAACAUGUUCACGAACUCAUGACAUGGGGCACCGCGAACGCGAUAACCUUCGACCCCAAGAAGACUGAAGUCAUGCACUUCUCCCGAACUACACCGAGGAAUGCACCUCCAGUCUUCCAUGGCGAGGUAGAAAAGCGGCCAGGCUCAGCCAUGCGGUGGCUCGGCAUCUGGCUUGACAGCACCCUGACGUUCAAGACGCACGUCGAGAAGUGGACUGCCAAAGCGCAAGCAGUGGCCUACCAUCUCAAGGGUUUGACAAUACCAACCGCGGCCCCUACCAGGUGCGGUCCGAGAGCCGUCCGCGCCUGCAUCGAGCCGCAAUUGUUCUUUGGGGCAGAGGCGUGGUACCCGGGCAUGACCUGCCCGCGAUGGAAUAAGCCGGCAAAGGAAGGGCCAUCAAGAAUACGGCACCUCAUCCGGCGGAUGGACAAGUCGCUCAACACGGCCAUGCGAGCCAUCCUCCCGGUCUGGAAGACGACGCCGCUCAGCGCCAGGCACCGGGAGGCGGGCAUACCGCCAGUUUCGCACCUGCUCCAGGCGUGUCGAACGCGCUUCGCAGCCCGUCUCAAGUCCUCGACGAAGCGCACCCGCUUGCGCGUCCACGACAACCUUUCCGGACCAGACUGCGUCGCACUGACGAGCUGCUCCCAAGGUGCGCCAGGCCAGACCUUCUCGCACAAUCGGCGGCAAACUUCGGCGAGUGGCUCCAAUCAGUUGCUCCACGGACAGCAAUCGUCUACUCGGACGGAUCCUCUCCCGGAGGGAGCCGCGGGGUACGGCUAUGCGGUACAUCAGGAUGGACUCACCGUCCUCAGCGGUAACGGCCGUCUUGGGCUUGCUGAGGUCUUUGAUGCCGAGGCGAGAGGCUCCCUAGAGGGUCUGCGUGCUGCGUUGAGCCUCCCGGCUGCAGACCAGAUUGUCGUAUGCCUCGAUAACCUCGCGGUCGCGACGUGUCUUCAAGGCAUGCCGUCAGAUUCCUCCCAGAAGGAGUUCCUGGAAUUCCAGGCCUUGGCCGCAGAACAUGGUGCCACUGAGAUCCGCUGGAUCCCCGGCCACACCAACAUCCCAGGCAGCGACCAAAAGACGCAUUCAAAGCCUGGUGGGAAGUUUCUGCACCCCAACAAACCCACCACGGGGACUUCGCUGAUUACCACGAAAGGUUGA